CCGCCUCAGUCGCUCGCUAGCACCACACAUCGCCGCCGCCGCCGCCGCCGCCGCCGCCGCCAUGGUAGAGAAGCGCCCCUCGACCGACGGCCUCGUCGACAAUGUCGAUCCCCGCGAAAGCACCGAGUUCGAGAUGGAAGAGCUGCCCACCUACGAGAAGCCCGCCGAGCCGUCGCCCGUGUCCCUCAAGGACAAGCUGAUCACCUGCUUCUGGAUAUCUGUCAACACGCUGUCGACAUUGGGCCUGAUCUUCCUGAGCAAACGCGUCUUCAGCGAUCCACAACUCAAGCAGUGCCAGCUCAUGGUCGUCAUGUGGCAUUUCACCGCCACUGGCCUCGUCCUCUUCCUGUCCACCCUCGCUCCCUUCCGCGCUUUCAAGCCGGUCAAGCUCAAUGUCUGGAACAUGAUGCCUGUCUGCGCCUUCUUCGCCGGCUACGUCGUGCUCGGCAACCUCAGCCUGACCUUCAACUCGAUUGGCUUCUACCAGCUGUCCAAGGUCAUGACCACGCCCACCGUCGUUCUCAUCAACUUCGUCAUUUUCCGAAAGACCGUCACCAAGUGGAUGCUCGCCGCUAUCCUUACCACCUGCAUUGGUGUCUCCUUCACAAUGGGCGGGGAGGUCAAGACUGCGUUUUUUGGCGUCAUCAUUGCAACGCUCGCCUUCUGCUCGACUGCCCUCUACCAGAUUUGGAUCGGCAAGAAGAUCGAAGACUUCCAGGUCUCGCCUCCGCAGCUGCUUCUCAACCAGGCCCCCAUCUCCGUGUGCCUGCUCAUCCCAUUCGUCCCAUUCUUCGACACGAUCCCCAACCUCAGCGCAGUUCCAACAGACCUCUUGUGGUCCGUCUGCGCAUCCGGUAUCAUGGCCUCCAUGUACAACCUCUCGCAGUUCCUCAUCAUCGGCCGCACCUCCGCGCUCACCUUUAACAUUGUUAGCCAUCUCAAGACUAUCCUCAUCUUGUCCAUUGGCUGGUACAGCGAGGGCAAGAUUCUCAACCCACGCGAGUGGCUAGGUGUGCUGUUGGCGCUGGGGGGCGGCUGGGUGUACUCGCACCUGGCGCUCAAGGCGAAGAAGCAGAGCAAAUAG